AUUCGGUGGAAAAUUGUCCUCCACAUAUUUGUUGAUGGAAAAACAUGUGUCGUGGUCAACAUCAGAGCAAGCAACUCCAACUGACCAUAUGUUGUCCUCAUGGUUUUCAUUGAUGCAACACUUGUCUGGGGGGUUCCCAUACGCUUACGUGGUGACCACGGUGUGGAAAACCUGUAUGCGGCUCAGUGGAUGGAGAAUUAUCGAGGAGUACUGAGCAACCCAUACAUUUGGGGCCACUCAGUUCAUAAUACGAGAGGAGAGCGAAUGUGGGUGGAGACUUCCAGAAGUUGGGCCGAUCGCUGGCACGAAUUCUUCACAGAGCUCGAGGCUAGCUAUGGUCUGGACCACGAAAAUUCGGCACAUAUCUGGUUGGUCCUUCACCUGUUUCUUGCCGAUAUAGACGAGGCUGCCUGCCAGUGGGCAGAUGAAUGGAAUAAUCACAAGAUUCCAUUGCAGGCCAUCCCUAACAUGGGUGUCAACCAGGAGAUCCUUACCCUACUACAACAGCGUCAUCAGGCUCUUACCCCCGAUGUGCUAGCUCACCUUCAGGAUGGCCAUGAGGACGCAUCACUACCUGUCAAUCUGCCUACCCAAUCUUUGGCAUAUGUGCCUUGCGAGGCCCCUGCCUGCCCCCUCAGCCCUGUGGAGGUUGAUGUUCUAAACCAAACUAUGGCUACCAGUCUAGGAAUGGCAAGCAAUACAUGGGAGGCCCGUCGAGUGCACUGGAUCCAUGGCUUAGAGACUCUGAAUGCCAUAUUGGCCCACCGUCGGGGAUGA